CGCCGCGGCAGGGAAGUGUUAGGAUGGCCACUGGCGUCUUCCGGUGCCGCGGGAGUGUGUCCAUGACUUAGGCAGUACGCGGAGUUGGUUGCUAUGGCGCAGCUGGAUGGGGAUGGCUGGGGUCCGGGCGAGGGACAGCCUUGACAGAGCAGAUCACUCGUAUUGAUGUUUCCGCUGGUGUCUAUGGAGUGGUGUAGUUGUCGGCCAAAUGCAUUCGGUAGAGAACAGCUGCAACAAUGACAUCUCCAGACCAAAUGAAGGUGCGAGCUCGAUCUACAUGUGUAAACUGUGUAACUUGUUCUCUCCCAGCCAUUCGGAGCUGCUGCUGCACGUGACGGAGAAUCAUUCCAAUGAAGGCCUGAGUGCCGAUCACAUCAUCAUCCCCCUCCGACCGCUCGUGCCCUCCGGGAGGAACACAGAAGAUUUGUGUGUUGUGAAAAGAAAGAGGGGGCGACCGAAAGGCUCCACCAAGAAGUCUAUAACCGAAGAAGAGCCCACAGAGAACAAUGGAAACUUUGCCCAUGAUGGCCAAGCGGAAACCGAGGAUGGCUGGCUCUCUUCCGAGCCGAUACCAGAGAACCUGGAGUGUCGAAAAUGCAGCCGCACCUUCUCCAACGUCCGACAACUGAAAAAACACAUCUGCAUCAUUGUGUGCAAUGACGACGAGGAUGUCACUCAAGGUAAUGACUUUGAUGGGAAGUUUAUCCUGCCAGAUUAUGAAAAGGAGAAGCAGCCGAAGCGUUCACGAAUCCAGAAAACAGAAAAGACACUACAGUCGAAAGAAGCUGAGAAGAGCCAAGGAGUAAAUCCCAUCAUCCGUGUUCUUUUAACUGCGCACGAGGCUAUUCCAGGAGCAACAAAAAUAAUUCCAGUCGAGGCGGCAGCUCCUGCGGCUGAGCCAGAAGCGGCCUCCCAGCCAGCUGAGCCAGAGCAGAAUCUGAAGAGGGGUUACCAGGAGUACGCUAUCCAGCAAGUCCCUCAGGAACAGUCCUCGAAUUCAAACAGAUUGGCCUCAACCCAACUUAAAAUUUUCACCUGCGAAUACUGCAAUAAAGUCUUCAAGUUCAAGCACUCCCUGCAAGCCCACCUACGAAUCCACACCAAUGAAAAGCCUUACAAGUGCCCGCUCUGCAACUACGCCAGCGCCAUCAAGGCCAACCUCAGCGUCCACAUGAGGAAGCACACGGGGGAAAAGUUCAGCUGUGACCACUGUUCAUUCAGCUGCCUUAGCAAAGGUCACCUGAAGGUCCACGUGGAGCGAGUUCACAAGAAGAUCAAACAGCACUGCCGCUUCUGCAAGAAGAAGUACUCCGACGUCAAGAAUCUCAUCAAGCACGUCAAAGAGACGCACAAUCUACUGGACAAAAAGGUGAAGGAGACCUUCGACGAGCUGAGAUUGCUCACCAGAGAAGGAAAGCGGCAGCUCCUCUACGACUGCCACAUUUGCGAACGGAAAUUCAAAAACGAACUGGAACGGGACCGCCACAUGUUGGUCCAUGGUGAUCAGAGACCCUUCGCUUGCGAGCUCUGCAACCACGGCGCCACCAAAUACCAUUCCCUUGAGCUGCACAUGCGCAGGCACCCCUUCGUCUAUGUCUGCUCAAACUGUUUAAAAAAAUUUGUGAGCACCGUCAGGCUCAAAGCUCACAUCAAAGAAGCCCACCCCGACGCAGCGGAGGAAACGUUGCUUAAUGACUCCAUCGGUCAGAGUUUUUGUCUACUAGAACCUGGUAGCGACAUCCAGCAAGAGGCCUUGGGGGACAUUGAAACUAAUGUCCAGGAGGACACCACCGCACCUUCCGCUCUAGAUCUACAAAUGCAAACGCAGGAAACUAUUAUGGAACAGCCUCAGAAUUUGAAACCGCACAAUGAUGGUUUGCCUUCGGAGAAGACAACAGAGCUGCUUGUCUCCGGGAGCGAGCACGCAAACCAUUUAACAGAUUGCACUCCAGAAAAGCUUACAGACUCUUCCAUCGACUCUAAGGGAGUGUCGAGCGAGGAACUUUUACAUCAGUUGACAGAGAAAGAGAACAAUCAUCUAUAUGCUAACCUCGGAGACGUUCAGAGAAGAGAUAAUGUUUCGGGAGCAGUGGGUCAAGUCACGGCUGAAAGCUCUCUGUUGAAAGAUGGAGAGUUGGAUAGUUUGCCGAAAGACGUUUCCCUUGAUCAAAGCGGCGGCAGGGAAAGCACGGGGGAGAGCCUUAGUAAUGAGAGCCACCAGCAGACUCCUGUUCCUGUUAAUUCAGCAGGAGCUGGCGCUUUUAUGGCCAUCUUGAAUGGACUACAAAAGAGACAACUGAAUAUGGAUUUACUUCAGAAAAUAAGGAAGGUUUAUGGGGAACUGGAGUGUGAAUACUGCGGCAAGCUGUUCUGGUAUCAGGUACAUUACGACAUGCACGUCAGAACACACACGAGAGAACAUUUAUACUUCUGCUCCCAGUGCAGCUACUCGUCUAUCACCAAAAACUGCCUGAAACGCCACGUCAUCCAGAAACACAGCAACAUGUCCCUCAAGUGCCCGGCGCAAGGCUGCAACUACUCCAGUCCAGACAAGUACAAGCUGCAGGCACACCUCAAGAUACACACGGACCUGGACAAAAAGACUUACUCCUGCCCUGCCUGUGAAAAGUCCUUCUCAGACGACCGCCUUAUCAAAUCCCAUAUAAAGGCCAACCAUUCCGAUGUUGCUGCCAAUCUGAUUUCCGAGGUCCUCGGCCGUAAGGUCCAGAUCAAAGGACUGAUUGGGAAGAGGGCGGCCAAGUGCCCGUACUGUGACUCUUACUUCAUGAAGAAUGGCUCCGAUCUGCAGAGGCACAUAUGGGCUCAUGAAGGUUUGAAGCCAUUUAAAUGCACCGUGUGUGAUUACGCCACCCGCAGUAAGAGUAACCUGAAAGCUCACAUGAAUCGGCACAGCACAGAGAAGACUCACCUGUGCGAUAUGUGUGGGAAAAAGUUCAAAUCCAAAGGGACCCUAAAGAGCCACAAAUUCCUCCAUACAGCCGAUGGAAAGCAGUUUAAAUGUACUGUAUGUGAGUUUACAGCAGUCCAGAAACCCCAGCUUCUCCGCCAUAUGGAGCAACAUACCUCUUUCAAGCCAUUUGGUUGUGCCUUAUGCCACUAUUCCUGCAAUAUCCCUGGCUCCCUGAAGAGGCAUUAUAACAAGAAGCAUCCCAAUGAGGAAUGUGUGAACUCUGGAGCUGGAGAGCUCUCUGCAGAAUCCCUCGUCCUCCAAGGGGGCAUAAAGUGCCCGGUGUGUAGCUUUGUGUACAGCACAAAAUGGGAAUUCAACAGACAUCUGAAGAGCAAGCAUGGACUGAAAGUGGUGGAGAAUGGCAAGGAAUCGGGUUGGGAGCUGGUGGAUGUGACCGAGGAGAUCUCAACGCAGUUCCUUCAUAUCGCUGAAGCCGAAGCAGAUGCUCAGGGAACGCAGACAGCUGUUGCCGCUCUCCAGGAUUUGAGAUACACCUCGGAAACCAGUGAGAAGCUCGACCCCACAGCUAUGAACAUACUCCAACAAAUCAUCGAGUUGGGCACAGAGUCCCAUGACGCUGUUGCCUCUGUAGUUGCCAUGGCACCGGGAACCGUGACAGUUGUUGAGCAGGUGACGGAAGAGGAGCAAGCGGCCAAUCACACUGUGAUGAUCCAGGAAGCCUUGCAGCAGGCCUCCAUCGGGCUGGGGGAGCAGCACCACCUAGUCGUCUCUUCGGAUGAAGUCGAGGGCAUCGAAACCGUCACGGUGUACACACAAGGGGAGGAAGCCUCGGAGUUCAUCGUUUAUGUCCAGGAAGCCAUGGAGCCUGUGGCAGAUGGUACAAUGGAGCACAUCUUACAAGAAAUAUGAGACAGCUCUGGGAAAUAAGACGACCUA